UUACCAACGGAUCACUUAUAGUUUCAGAUCUAUACCAAUGCUCUAUCACAAAUUCUCCCAACUGGCGGCGGCAAUCCGGUGGCAAAUCGAUGGUGGACUGAAGCAUCACAGAUUCUUUUAGUCACCAACUCACUGAGAGAAGAGAUGAAUUGGGAAAAUUCGCAACGACUUUUCAAUAUUGUAACCAUCCCUAAAAUUUCGAUAGACAAAACUCCAGCUCUUCACACUGGAACGCGAAUUCCACAAAAUUUUCAUUAGCUUGCAGAGAUUCACAGAUGAACCUAACAUGCUAGAUGUCAACUCAGAAAGUCCAAACUCUGUUUGAAGAUGCUGCAUUUAUCCUUUCUCCACUGUACCUAACUGACAACUUUGAUGUCUGUGCCUCUGAGGUGCAAAACAAGAUUUUGUUGAUCAAGAAGGAAAUAAGUGCCAAAUACUCCUUUCCUAAAAUAUCAUUACAACUUUCAGCCAAGUUUGUUAGUGAUAUCAUCCAUUCUGUGCUAGAGAAUAUUGGUGGUCUAGUGAAGAUUCAUGAUCCAUAUUCACCUCUUUAUGUUCCCGAAACAGUAGUGGAACAUAUAGAAGAUGUUUCAAUGGAAUUGAAUUUGCUGCUAAAUUUCGUCUACUUUGUUUCAGAGAGGUUCCUAGAGAAUCAGAGCCAACAUCAUAUUAUUUUCUUCACUCAUGUUUUAGCUGUGUCUGUCCACACAUCGAUGCUUCUCUGGUUGUAUUUACCGGACUUGGAUCCUGAGCAAAUGAAUGUUAUGCUUUCUGAUUUCUUGCGAAUGAGGAUUAAGCCGAUUCAACCAUGCAUCUGCAAGAUCUAUCUUGAUGUCUUGCUAUCAUUAAAGUCGACAAUACAAUCAGGAUGGUAUCCCAACAUCCGAAAUGAGGAUGCAGUUGACAGCGAAGGGGGAUUUUUGGAGUACCAUCCUACACAAUAUGGUGGAGGUACCAACUAAUAGUAACUCUAGUCAGAGAGUUGCUUUGAAGGAUCACUUGGAAAUCCUUCAAAAGAUGCUCAACCUUUUUGAGAG